AUCAUUUCAGCAUUUUGUUGCUCGGAGUACCACUAUAAUGUACCUAGGGUAGUUCUUACUCUCAGACAUUCCCGGUUGCCAAAGUUAAAAGUCGGACGUUCGUGCGCCCUACAACGCGUGACGAACAUCGGUUGUGCCUGUCUUCGAUAUUCGACAAUGUCAUUUGAUUCAUCAAUCGAGUAUCGUUGGAUUGAUGGGGUAGAGCGGUUGGAGUUGUACGAACCUGGCGGAUACCACCCUGUAAUGGUCGACGAUUAUCUGCACAAUCGCUAUCGAAUAGUGGAUAAACUGGGCUUCGGUGGUUAUUCUACUGUCUGGCUCGCUCGAGACGAGACACUCAAACGCUACGUCGCCGUUAAAGUUGGGAUAUCAAGCUCGCCAAUCCCUCGGCGGGAAAUCGACACCCUUCAGGCACUACAAGGCUCAAAGUUACGCUCACAAGCUGGUCUCGAUGAGAAUGCAUGCGCGAUAUUUCCCCGCAUUCUCGAUUCGUUCCACGUCUGCGGACCGAAUGGAACCCACACAUGCUACACGCUAACCCCCGCCCAAGGAAAUCUUAAGGAAGCAUCCUUCAGCCGGCUCUUUCCUAAAGGAGUCGCCCGCGCUUUAGCUGCUAAGUUGGCAAUUGCGGUGGCGUUCGUCCACUCACGGGGUUUCGUUCAUGGAGAUCUCCACCUCGGUAACCUGCUAGUCAAGCUUCCAUCUACAUUUGACGACCUUUCAAUCCCUCAAUUCCGGGAGAAAUUUGGCGAGCCUGAAACGGUGCCUAUCGCUCGGGUCGAUGACAAACCCCUGACCCCUAACGUCCCCGCACAAGCUGUAAUACCUCUUUAUCUCGGUAAAAAGGCGCAAGAGUUUACCUUGGCUGAUGCCCACGGCCUGAUUCUCAACGACUUUGGCGAGGCAUUCCGUCCAGCUGCGGAGCAGCGCCUGGGCAGGGACUGCCACACUCCUUUAGCCACGAGAGCCCCCGAGGCCCUAUUCGAGCCAGAUGAACCUUUGUCAUACCCAUCAGACAUAUGGAAUCUUGGAACUGCUAUUUGGGAAAUCUUGGGAAUGAAAUUCAUCUUCAGCGAGGGAGAAACGCCGGACCAGAUCGUGGCUCAACAGACUGAUGUCUUAGGUUCCCAGAAUUUCCCGGAAAACUGGAGAAAGCAAUGGGAACGACUAGGAGAGCAUGGUGACGACGCAAAUAAUAUGAUUCCUCGACGGCCAACCCGCGAUCGGGAAGCGUGGCCUGCUCUUGAGAACGCGUUCGAACAGUUCGUGCAGAAGUACAGGAGGAAACGAGAGGACGCUGGGACUUUCGGCGAGGAAGAAAUAGAGGCUAUUCUUGAAUUAAUGCGUGGUAUGCUUAGGUUCUGACCUGAGGAACGUCUAACAAUAGACGAGGUGCUGAGCUCGAAGUGGAUGGUCAAUUGGGCAUUGCCUGAGCUAGAGUAGGCUGGAAUAGGGCUUUUCAGGUAGUUCAAGGAAAGCAAUACAGCUC